AUGAUCUUCCCGAUAUCGGAGAUUCCCGACAAGGUGACGCACAGUAUUCUGGAGGGCGUGAGCGCGCUGCAAAACAUGUCGCAUACGGCGUUCUGGUCAACCGUUCUGGGCUUUUUGGUCGUGGCUCGAAUCGCAGUGAUUCUGGCAACGCCGAAAAGACGUGUUUUGGACAUCAAGGGCAAGAAGGUGGUCAUCAGUGGAGGCUCUCAGGGAGCCGGAGCGGCUCUGGCUGAGCUGUGUUAUACAAAGGGAGCCAAUGUGGUUAUUGUGUCUCGAACAGUGUCCAAGCUGGAGGCUCAGGUCCAGAAGAUUGUCACCAAGCAUGAGCCCGUAUUUGAGGGGCAGACGAUCCGGUACAUUUCCGCGGACCUGACCAAGGAGGAAGAGGCCAUUCGGGUUUUUUCGGAAGAAACCAUGCCUGCGCCUCCAGACGUCAUUUUCUCGUGUGCUGGAGCUGCCGAAACGGGCUUCAUUCUCGACUUCAAGGCCUCACAACUGGCCAGAGCCUUUUCCACAAACUACUUAUCUGCGCUCUUCUUUGUGCAUGCUGGAACCACCCGAAUGGCGAAGGAGCCCAUCAGUCCGAAGAACCCUCGGUACGUCGCCAUUUUCUCGUCGGUGCUCGCAUUCUACCCCCUGCUGGGCUACGGACAGUACUGCGCCUCCAAGGCUGCUGUUCGGUCGCUGAUCGACUCGCUGCGAGUGGAGGCUCUACCGUUCAACAUCCGUGUGGUCGGAGUAUUCCCAGGCAACUUCCAGUCGGAGGGAUUCGAGGAGGAGAACAAAUCCAAACCCGAAAUUACCCGACAGAUCGAGGGACCUUCGCAGGCCAUAUCAGCUGAAGAAUGUGCGAAAAUUGUGUUUGCACAGAUGGAAAAAGGUGGCCAGAUGAUCACCACCGACCUCAUUGGCUGGAUUCUGCAGUCCAUUGCUCUCUCCUCGUCGCCUCGAAGUUUCUCACUGCUCCAGAUUCCCCUGGCCAUCUUCAUGUGCAUCUUUUCGCCUGUAUGGAAUGCCUUCGUCAACAGAGAUGUGCGAAAAUACUUCCACGCCAACACCGAGUAUGUGACCCGGCACCAGCGAGGAGGCGUCGGCAGCGAGAACCCUACUCCCCAGUGA